UGUGUUGGGAAUACAAAAUUUCAGUAAUUAAUCCUUGCCAUUUAUGAAUUCAUGCAUACAUGCAGGGUGUUCGCUCAAAAUAUAGUGAUUGCAUUAAGUCAUAUGUAAAUAAAUAAAUGUUUAUGCAUUUAGCAUACUCACAGUUUUUGUAUUUUUUUGAACAAAGCAGAUCAAACUAUGCAGGGGAAGGAAACUAGCAUAUGAACUCAAAUGCUACAGUCAGUAUGCUGAAGAUACUGCAGUAGUUACCGCUCUGAAGUUCUCUUUUGAACACCCCUAUAGCAAAGCAGUCGCGCUGGUUGACACUGAAUCGGAAUUUAUCACGGUGGAUGAGGAUUGGUUUCUGCUUCCCUGGAUCGCAAUAUCAUUCUUGUUUUUGAAUUCCAUUGGCAAAGAUGGUGCGAAGCUCAUCGAAGGUGCCAUGGUACCGAAGGAUGAAACCGUUGAGCCUGAUACUACAGUGGUUUCUCAAACGAUGAAAGGUGAAGCAGCAGGCGCCACUGCUGGUCCGGGGCAAUGUGGCGCUUGUGGCACGCAUGGUGGCAGUGACAUGGUCAUGGCAAGUGACAAGGCUGGGCAUGCUAGCUAUGGUGGCUCAGUCACUGCAAGCGCGAAGGUGGCUGAUUCUAAGUGUGGUGGUUGUGGAUCAGGCUGUGGUGGUGGAUGCGGUGUCUCUGUGGUCACCAUGAGCUACAAGAAUGGUCGUGCGAGUUGUGGCAUCAUUGCAGGCAGCAAGAAUGGCCAUAUUGAGUCUGCUGGGUGUAGAUCGGGAUGCAGCAGUUCCUGCGGUGGCAACAUGAUUAUUGAAAGCUCCAAAGAGGGGAACACCAAGUCAGGUGGCUGUGGUUCAGGAUGUGGUGGUGGAGGUUGCGGCGGCAUGGCCAUUGAAGGCUCCAAGGCUGGCAUUGCCAAGUCUAGCGGUUGCGGUUCAGGUUGUGGUCGCAGUUGCAGCGGUAUGGUGGUUGAAGGCUCCAAAACUGGCCAUGCCAAGUCAGGCGGUUGUGGCUCGGUCUAUGGUGGUGGUUGCGGCGUCAUGUUGAUCGAACACUCCAAGACUAGCUGCACCAAGUCUAGCGGUUGUGGCUCAGGUUGCGGCGGUGGUUGCAGCAGCAUGGUCAUGGACAGUGGCGAAUCUAGCACUAAAUUGAAGGGUAGGCUCAGAACAUCAAGUUUCUAAGUCUAAUUAGCAAAUGCAUUACAAUUUACAUGUUAAACACCUUACUAAAAUUGUCAACUAGUAUGUUUAGUUGAAAUAGGGUAUUUGGAGGGUAGGCUUCAGCCUAUUGAAGCCCCCCUAAUGGAAUAGCCACUGGUCAUGGAAGGCUCCAAGAUUGGCUUCGCCAAGUCAGGUGGUUGCGGUUCGGGCUGUGGCGGCGGUUGCGGUUCAGGCUGUGGGGGUGGCUGUGGCAGCAUGGUCAUUGAAGGCCCAAAGACCGCCUUCACCAAGUCAGGCGGUUGCGGUUCGUGUUGUGGCAGCGGUUGCGGUUCCGGCUAUGGCGGUGGCUGGGGCGCAAUGGUCAUUGAAGGAUCCAAGAUUGGCUUUGCCAAGUCAGGUGGUUGCGGUUCAGGCUGUG